ACAUCAUCUAUCCAUCAUGCGGUCUCGAGAGCACGCUUUGUCUUUCGAUCUCCUCGCCUCGCCCACUUGCAACGGUCACGUCUCCUUGUUUUCACGCUUUCAACAUGGUUCUCCGACAGUGCGGUAUUGAUAUUUUGGUACUAUGGCUCGGGACCCCCAGGUUCAGACGAUUCCUCUUCUAUUGUGGACUACAUCCGCAUUGAUGACGAAUUGGUCACUACAUGGGAUGGUUCUGAACGGCAUGUCCGGUGUCUCGAUCCGUCGGGGCAUCGUUGUUGAGAUCAGCUCACAUCAACGCAGACUGCACAGGGCCCCGCGCGACGAACUCGGUUGUCGUCCUGUGUCACUCGCAAACGUCUAGUCCGAAAUCCGACAACCUCUAUCUGGAUCCGACGGCGUGGUCGGUGCGUUGUUGGAGCUGUCCCAACUACUCUUUCCUUGCAUUGUCUAUUUCUUUUCUAAUGGGUAUGCGAUUGAUGAUUGGCCUUUUCCUAUCGUGGUCCCAAGCAUGGCAUUUGUCGCGUUGCAGGUGGGUUCUGGGGAAGCAACACCACGUUCGACGGGGGAAGGCCAGGCCACAGCGACUGUUACGGAAUAAUGACGUCCAAUUUGGGAGGGGGAAAGCAUUUGGCCUCGAUUGCGUGAACAAUUAUCAGCAUUCAUGGAUCCCCAGUUGGCAAAUGAACUUCUCCCCCACCCAGCAGAGGACGUCAGGGAUGCGGCGGCAACUGGGCAUAGGCGGCUAUAUCACAUGGCCCGUCUCCCUGUGUGUGUUGGUGGCCUGUUAAACUCGAGUGUCUACGGCGCCGGGUGGUUGGAAUGUGACUGCGCCAAGGCUGCAGGGUCAAAUGUGCGAAACCAAACGGCCCUCAACGCCUGCGUCCUGGCCAACGCAACGAGCACCAACACCAUGUUCUGGCCUGCCGACGAUGUCAUCUCCGCAACCUGGUCAACGUCAGUAUGGAGGUGGUGUUAAUCCGAUGCUUUUCGCUCCUGUCAUGCGGACGAAGGGGUGCGGUCGAAGGCCGUACGUACACACGAGAUAGUUUUCCUCAAAAUCGAAUUGUUUCCCACUA